AUGGAUGGGCGCAAAGAAGACGAGAGAAUGCAGAAACAGCGCCUGGGCCGUUCGAAGACGGACCCCAAGAGUCCAUUUUCGCUCUGUGACCUCCUUUGUCCCAGAUCUGGAGAAGACCUCACCCCCGUCCACGUUGCGGCCUCCUGGGGGUGCGCCACCUGCUUGAGACUCUUGCUGACGGAGGGAGGGGACCCUCUCCUUGAAGACCAGGACGGGAACACCGCCAUUGAUUUGGCUCUGGAGCAGGAGAAUGAAGUCUGUGUCAGCAUCCUGCAGGGCGAGGGGAGGAGCAGCUGGCUCACUCACCGAAGAGCAGAAAGCUUUCUCUCCACCAUAACGGAAGAUGCCGGGGAAACCGGUCCUCCUUCAAGGCUGUGGGACUCGUGCCGCUGCCCAUCUGGCAGACGCCCACCGUCUUCCCUGAAGGAGGCUCGUCAGCACAGGGAGCAGUGCGGGGCCUCCUCCCAGCCCAAGGGAGCUGCUCCAAAUUGCCUGGAUCGGUCGGCCUCUUCAUUUCUCACCGAGUGUUCCUGGCAGUGCCACACGCUGUCUGAUCCGUCCGACUUUGGCAUUCGGCUGGCAGCCUCCGCUGACCCCUCGCUCCCCUCCCCCAAGCUGGCUUCAAGUCAUGCCAAAGCUCAGGCUUGCUGGGAGGGCGAGGUGGGGGUCACGGGUGUACACCAGUCUUGCGACAUCCAAAGCACUGCAGAGGGAGGGGGCAGCUCCCCUCCAGGCCCAGGUGCGGUCCUCCUCAGACAGGCUUUCCUGGACUCCGAGGCUCUCUUGUUCCGGGGGGGCCGGACGACGCCACGCGCUGCAGAAUCCUCUGCCAGCCUCGGAAUUCAGGCUGAACUGGGAGCAGGCCAGCCUCUUAGCCCACAGGACCCCGGCGCUUGGGACCUUCCUCAGGACUGUGGCUUCCUCGAUCCCGGCCUUGCGGUGAGGUUCGCCAGCCAGGACGGGACGGACGCCACCUCGCCUGGUCCUGUCUGUCUCUUCUCCCAGGCUGACUCCACAGCCGUGUCGGAUGCGGAAAAGACCGUGGUUGACCCCGCCUCUCUCUUGGGGGCUGGCAGGACCCUGGAGGGGUGCUGUGUGAGAGGAGGGUCCCUGAGCAGGUGUUCAGCUGCCAGCCCCAGCCAGUAUGCUUCAUGCGUUAGCGAAUGCUGUAUAAGCACCGUCGAAGGCCCGGGAUGUGGCCAUGUUCAGAAAUGGGAGGGCGAGGGGGCUGCCGUCUGCUGCUCUUCAGAGGCCUCUGACAUCGGCCAUGGAGGCUUGUGUUCUGGGGCACCAGCCCGCAACUCAGGAGGAGGUACGGAGACCCCCGUGGAGACAGGUCUCCGUGGCAUGAAGACUGUUCCCGGCAGAUCAGAAGGUCUGCAGCCCUGGCAAGAAGGAACUGCCCGGAGUCAAGAUUUGGUUCUCCCCCACCCUACGAAGAGGGACGGUCCUGAGAACACGGGGGUUUUGCAGAGGAGGGAGAGCUGCGCUGUCGACCCCCCAGAGCUGACAAAGGCUCCCUUGGGAGGUUCUGCUUUGGUGACCGGAGGACCCAUUGAGGUUCGGGGGUUGCCAGCGGAACGCCAGAGCACUGUGCUGUCUGAAGCAAGGGAAGGGCUGAAGGAGGUGGGUGGGAAAGGGGGUCUGCGGCGAUUGGAUCUCUCUGUGGGCACCCAGGAUGCAGGAGAGAGGGAACCGAGCUCGUUCACUCAAGACACUGUCCCUGUCCGGCGGACAUUGGAAGAAAGGAGUCACUUGCAUGGCAACGGGAGUCCCGGUCCACUAGGGACAAGCAGCAACAUGGGUGACACCGAGGUGGCCCCGUGUCCAGCUGCCAGCGUUGGGGAAGAGGCAUCCGCCAGUCUGUAUUCAAAGCUGCGAUCGAUGAUGCUUGCGACCAAGGCCUUCCAUUCCCCGCUGCUCCAGUCGAACCGAAAGUGCUGCCCUGGUCCGCCCCGACCCCAAAGCCCCGCGAUUCGGCCGCUUCCACACGAGAGCAUCAGCUCUUCCUCUCUCUUCAACGAGAGCCUGGAGAUGCCACAGCGCCCCAGGCGAGUGAGAAUCCCCAAGGGCCCCAGGCCAGCCUCAGACCAAGGGGCUGCCACCGUGAGUCUCAGGCGCCCGCCUCCCCCGGCCAGGGAAGCCAAGGAGUUGGAGGAGGGCAGAUCCGUCCCGGCUCGUCCCAGCAGCAGGACGCCAGCCCUGAGUCCAGGACCUCACCCUUUCGCCUGUUCUCCAGCCAGCUCAGGGAGAGAUGUUUGCAGAGGCGAAGACCCGUCAGGUAGGAUGGGUUUGGAGGUGAAAAAGCCCCCUCCAGGAGACGGACAGACCAGUUUCGCUGCUCCGGAAAUCCCAGAAGUUGGGGAUCCAGAGGGCCUGGGUGCCCGAGGCUCUCCGGGCAAGAGGGCACAGAAGCCCUCCAGAGUUAGUUUUAGCCGACUGUCAGCGCAGGGGUUGUCUGCUGCUUGCCACCCAGGAAGGUUGAGCCCCAUCAGCCAGGAUGUCCCGCUGUCGCCUGGGGGCCGGCCUGCAAACUUGAGUGCCACGGAGCCUGUGGAAUACCUGUAUGUGGACGAGGACGAAGGGCACACCCUCAUUGAGCGGCACAUCCCCCCUGCGGAGGACUCCAUAGCCAGCGCCAGCAGCUCCGAAGACACCAUCAUUUACGAUUGGCAGACGUAUGCCAGGGAAGCAGCGGGAGGCCGGGACAACAGGGGAAGUGCCCCCUUGAACCCUGGCCACCUGUCACAUGAAGCUCUGGCCCGCAAGCUACGGGACUUUGGGGUCAACCCGGGGCCUGUGACGGCGCUCACCCGGAAGGUGUAUGUGCAGCUCUUGGAGAAGCUGAUCAGGGACCCGAAGACCACGGCCCCAAAGGGCUCUGCAGCCUACAGCCCAGAGCUUGCUUUUGCCCUGGAGACCUACCGGAUCCCUGAUGCCAAAGCCGAUGAAAUGGCUCUGGCCGCGCAGUUUGACCAGCCGGACAAGAGCCAGCGGUGGCGGGAAGGGGUGCUCAAGUCCAGCUUUAACUACCUGCUGCUGGACCCCAGGGUGACCCAGAACCUGCCCUUCCGCUGCCAGUUCCUCAGCCAGGCAGAAUGCCUCCGGACGUUCGUCAGUGCCAUCUUCUAUGUGGGCAAGGGGAAGCGCUCCCGGCCCUAUCGCCAUCUCUAUGAAGCCUUGACCCACUACCGGGAGGGCCAGAGGAAUUGGGGGGCACAGGCCUGCUCCAAAGUCCAGCACAUCCUGGAGAUCUGGGCCAGCGGGCAGGGGGUCAUCUCCAUGCACUGUUUCCAGAACGUCAUUCCUGUGGAGGCCUACACCAGGGAGGCCUGCAUGGUGGACGCCAUCGGGCUGAAGAUGCUGACCAAUCGGAAGAAGGGGAACUACUACGGCACCGUGGCCGGCUGGCCCACGAAACGCCGCCGGCACCUGGGGAUCUUCCUGGUGCACCGAGCUCUGCAGAUCUUCCUGGCCGAGGGGGAGCGGCAGUUGCGCCCCGCUGACAUCUGAACUGGCCCCUGACCGGGGGCCCCUCCCUCAACGGCAACCCAAGCGGAGCAUCAGGGUCCAGCACGGCUGGAGCUCAGCCGAGGGGCGGGGGUGGCUCCCUCCCUCCCGCCCAGGAGGCGGCACGGAUCCCGGGACUGCACAUCACGCGGGUCUGGCUCUUGAGCGCCUGGGAGGGCUUGCCGCUGGCUGCAUCCGUGCGUGGGAGCGAUUUCAGGGCCCCGUGGGUCCAGGUUGCCCAAGGGGGCCACGCUGCUUGCUUGUGCCCCUCUGUGGGGGGCUGGCACGCUUGGUGGCGUCGGAGCAUCCUGACUCCAGACGCGUUGUGAGAGACGGUCCCUUCCGGAAGGUCGCAGAACGGAGCAGGGAGGCUCAGGAGUCCUUUCCAGAGGAGGAAGCAGCAGCCGGCUCACCUUCCAGCCAUGCGUGGGGGAUGCACGGGGUCUUUCCCGUUGUCCGAAGAGCUUCUGCCAGCCUCUUCUGUUCUGGGAAGGAAGGGUCCGUUUUUCUUUUCGUACAGGUUCUCUCUGUGCCGGAGAGCCCUUCUAUGUGUAGCAAUGGGGAUUUUUAAAUUCUGCGGCUGCUUUUCUAUGUUUUUAAGGGUUUUCUAUUCACCCCCCAUCUGGGAUUGGGGGCAUUAAACGAGGUUGCGGGAUUAG